GGGGAGGGGAGACCAGGGAGGCCAGCGUACAGGGACAAGCCAACGAGAUGCUGGAGAAGCUCCCGCCUAACUACGUGCCACAUGAGUCAAAGGUCAGCUGCAGAAGAUGGGGCCUCUUCAGCCAAUUAACAUCUUCCUGCGACAGGAAGUGGACCGCAUGCAGCGAGUCAUCAGCAGCGUACGGAGCACGCUCACUGACCUCAAACUGGACAUCGAUGGUACCAUCAUCAUGUCCGAGGACCUGCGCGAUGCCCUCAACUGCAUGUUUGACGCACACAUCCCUCGCCUGUGGCUGCGGCUCAGCUGGCCAUCAGCCACGCUGGGCUUCUGGUUCACCGAGCUGCUGGAGAGGAAUCAGCAGCUCAGUGGCUGGAUCGGCGCUGGGCAGCAGCACCAGUUCUGGCUCACUGGUUUCUUAAACCCACAGGCUUUUCUCAUCGCCAUGCGUCAGGAGACUACACGCGGCAAUCUGUCCAGGGGCUGGGCCUUGGAUACUGUUGUCCUUAGCAAUGACGUGACCAAGAUGAUGAGGGAGGAUGUGUCAGCCCCACCCCCUGAGGAUGUGGGCGGGGUUUACAUCUACGGCCUCUUUCUGGAAGGGGCGGGAUGGGACCGACGUGGGGCCAAGCUCACUGAGGCUCCGCCCAAGGUCCUCUUCACGCCUCUCCCCGUGGUCCACGUCUACGCCGUCAGCUCAGCCAACAUGGCCGACACUAACCGGCGCCGCAGCAGACCGACCUGA